CGGGGCGGGGCGGGGCCCGCGAGCCGAGGUGGGGGCGGGGCACGCGCGAGGGGCGCGGGCGAGGCAGCGGGAUGGGCUCGCGGCCGCGUGGCUGCGGCGCCCCCGGGGUCCCACGCUGCCAGGGGCCCCUGCUCCGCUCCCUGCACUUCCACGGGCGGCCUUCCCACUGGGGACAGCGCUGCGGAGUGGAGACGCUGCGGGCCCAUUUACGGCUGGGGAGACGGAGGCUUUCGCUUGGGUCUCCGGGAAGCCGAGCUCCCAGCGCCGGCCGCGGCGGUCCCGCCCUCGCGCCCUCUGAGCUGCGCGGGCUCUCAGCGCGGGUUGGCCAGUUCCGGGGAGCCGGUCGGUUUGGGGGCCAGAGGGGCACGAGGCGAGACCCGGGACCUUCCAGGCCCCGAGCAGCCGCCUUCCCCAGUAAUCCUGCGCGAAAAGCACACGGCCGGCUUGGUGUGGACGCCCCCCUGGUGCCCACGGGAGGCAGGGCCUGGCGGGUGGGGGGCAGCCGGGAGGCCGCCGCGUGGUUCCAGGACGGGCGGAAGGUGGCCCUCCACCCUCCACCCUCCACCCUCCACCCUGCCUGGCCUGAGCCCCGCGGGUGCUCUGGGGAACCACAUCGCAGGCGCUCCGACCCCUCUGCUCCCAGGAGAAGAGCGGAGGGAGGCCUGAAGCACUUGCCAAGGCCGCACACCUGGAGGGGACAGAACUUUCCCCAGCCGCUGGCCACAGCUGGACCUGCCCUGAGCUGGGGGCGGGAAGGGCUGGGGCGGGAACUGGAGGCCCACGCAGGUCGCCUGCGGUGUCUGCGGCCUGUGCCUCUGGGGCCGCCUGGCCAGGGAGGGCAGGAGAUGCCUGGCACAUCCCUGAAUGGCUGCAGGGCAGGUGAAGGAGAAGGCCCUGUUUUUUGGCCCCAAGGGCAGCACUUGGCCCUGGAGAGUCCUGCAGGAUUGCAGGAGGAAGGCAGGGCACGACAAGGGGGCGUCUGCGCCUCGCUGACCUCAGUGGGGAGGGCCUCCAGUUCCUUGCCUCACCUCUAGUUCCAUCUACAGGAGCUCAGCUGUGGGAUCAUCCCCAGACUGGCACAGCCCAGUCACAAAGCCAGAGCCCCACCCUGCAGGAAUGGCCCCUUUUACAGGGAAGGGGCAUGGCCUGGGUGGCCCCGCCCCGCAGGCCGUCUGGCUACCAAACCUCCCAGCGCCCCCGCGCCCCUUUGGAGUUCUGACCCCGCGGGUGCACCCGUGUCUCCUGGACACAGAGGCUGCCUUCUGAUUGGGUUGAGCACUUUGGGCCGAACCCCUCAUCCGUGGACCAGGCAACCCGGCAUCGCCCACGUGGAGCCGCUGAGCGCCUUACAUCCUUCUGGAGGAGCCUGUUCUUGAAUCAAUAAGCCCCGAUAUACCUCACCAUCUCUUGCCACUCAGCCUAUGUGCCGCCCGGCUUCAAAUCCAGGCUGCUGGGGACGCUGCACAGCAGUGCUUCCUGGCUGGCCUCUGACCGCAGCCUGCUGUGCCCUCCGCCGGCCCUGCCAUUUACAGGGGGCUCUCACACCCAUUCCGUCUGAACUCCCCUGGGCUUCUGUCUUCUGGUCUAUGGAAUGGGACUGGGCAAUAAUCAGCUGGUAUUUAUUAAGAGCCUGCUUUGCUCCUGCCCAGUGCACACAUCGUCUGGUGUCUGGUCACAGUGCAGGUCUGGGUGGAUGGGCCUGGGCUGAGAUCCAGUUCUGCAUUUCCAACAAGCUCCCAGACCAAGCCUGCGCCGGAGCAGGGCUCUCAGCCUCGCCCAUCACACUCACCCACUUCCGCCCAGCAGCGGCAGGUGUGUUGUCCGACAUCCUUCCUCUGGAGGGCCUGCGCUGCUCCGCUAAACCCAGUUCCGGUGCUCUGGGGAGCUCAGAGGCCGGGGAGGAGAGGGAGCUCGGGGUGCAGCCCCACGGUUCGUAUCCCCAACCUCCCACCAACACCCAGUGCGGUGGACAGCCCCGCAGGUGAUCUGACGCACCAGCAGGUGCUGCCCUCUGUGCCCCCUCUGGUGGGGUGUGAGCACCACCAGAACAGGGAACUGCUGUGCCUGGAUUGCUGCCUGGCACCCAGCAGUCGCUCAGGACCCCGAGGAGGGCAGGGUGGGCCCAGGAGCUGGACACAGCAGGUUGGGGUCCCUGGGUGGGCAGGUGCCCGGAGCACAGAGCAGGAGUGGGCGCUGGUGCUGCUUGAGGGGAGUGGCUCCUGCCCAGCGUGGCAGUUCUGGCUUCAGGGGUGUGGCCGUGUCCCCUCCCUUCUCUUUAGCUAUACAUGGGUUUGGGGAUUGAGGAAGGGCCACCCACAAGCUGGCCCCGAGUACAGGGACAGGACUGUAGGGUGCGGCCCUCGGGAAGCCCCUCGCAGCGCCAGCCACAAACCAGGAGAACGGGUUCGUCUGCCUGGCUGGAGGCCCUGGAAGCCACACUCCACCCGUCUGUGGCAGACCCAGGACCUGGAGGUAC